AUCUUUCAUUAGACAUGAUUCGAGGAGUCAAGGAGAUCCUGCGGUCGCAGAGUGUGCGGUAUUACUCGGUAGGACUCAAAUCUGUUUAUCGGAAAACUUUAGAUAAUGUCGAGCAGAUUCUACCUGCGAAAUUAAGACCAUUCUACAAUCAUCCAGCAGGUCCCAAGACAGUCUUCUUCUGGGCUCCGUGGUUUAAAUGGGGAUUGGUAGUUGCUGGCCUGGCUGACUUCACUCGCCCUGCAGAGAAACUCAGCGUAUCUCAAUCUGGAGUGCUGACAGCCACGGGCUUCAUAUGGUCACGCUACUCCUUAGUCAUCGUCCCACGCGUCUGGAACCUCUUUGCUGUGAAUUUCUUCCUCGGCCUGGCUGGCUCAUCUCAACUCUUCAGGAUUUGGAGGUAUAAUCAAGAACUAAAGCAGAAGCUAGAAGCAUCGGAUCCGUGAGGACCCCAAAACUCCAUUCACAAAAAUGGGAAGAAACACGUAUUUGUUUCGUUAACAGCAUACUUUUACUAUUAAAACUUUUUUUUCCCCCAAA